UACCUGCGCAUCUUACCGUGGAGAAGUUCUAGGACAAGCAAAUCCUGUUAUUUAUGCCAGAGGAAGGUACAAAUCUAUAGAAUGCGCGGUCAUGUCGACCAGCAUAUCUUGUGGGCACGAAGAAGUAUAGAAGACGUAUCGUUGAAGACGGCCAUCGGUCUCGAGCCAUGUGGGUUCUGUGGGCGCGACAGGACCUGCUUCACGCAACUUCGGCAAAAAGCAGGUCGCGGACAAGGCUACAAUAUCAUAUCAAAUUGCUUGUACCACUAUCAGAAGAUGAACUAUACCUCGGCGAAAAAUGUUACCAAGACUAGCCCAUGUACCAAUGUGCCCAUUCACUGCGUCAUCUGCCCAUCUCUU